AUGGACAAGAAUACCACAGGGAGGUCGAUUCGUCCUGCCCGAUGGACGUGCCCAAAAUCCAGACAGACUAGAAGGCAACAUGAUGUCUAUCGGCAUGCUGGGCGUUUCGUUGACAGGGGCAAGUUGCACAAGGCUUUCAAGGACUCCAAGCAAUGCUGUUGUGUGCAAGAUGACACGACGGCAAAUGGGCUAAAGCGUGCAGUGGAGCAGUUGGUCGGGUUUGUUGACAGGUGCAAGCUGCACAAGGUUUUCAAGGACUCCAAGCAAUGCUAUUGUGUGCAAGAUGACACCACGGCAAAUGGGCUAAAGCGCGAGGUGGGGCAGUUGGUCAGUUUUGUUUGCAGGGACAAGUUGCACGAGGCUUUCAAGGACUCCAAGCAAUGCUGUUGUGUGCAAGAUGACACCACGGCAAAUGGGCUAAAGCGCGUGGUGGAGCAGUUGGUCGGUUUUGUUGACAGGAGCAAGUUGCACAAGGCUUUCAAGGACUCCAAGCAAUGCUGUUGUGGCGAGGAUGACACCACGGCAAAUGGGCUAAAGCGUGUGGUGGGGCAGUUGGUCGGUUUUGUUGACAGGAGCAAGUUGCCCAAGGCUUUCAAGGAUUCCAAGCUGCUCAAAAACAACGGCCCGUGCUGGGUCAUAGUGGACUUCAAGACGGCAGUGGUUCUCGCUUUUUUCGCCCUUCAUGCUACGGAAGUGUUUGCAUAG